UUUUUUAGAACAGCUGCUUUUUCAGUUGUAUUAAUGUUAUUAUACUGCCUUCUUUAAUGUAGUCUGCUACUGGAAACUUCAAUGCUAUACACUUUCACAGCUCACAAAGCCCGAAACGGAACGUUUGGAGAAAAUGUCCAGGCUGCUUGGUAUUAUGGUCGUCCUAUUUUCCAUUACCUUGGGGUCAGAAAUAGACAGUGAGGAUGAUGAAAUGAUCCUCUCCCUCAUUCUUCAAGACGACACUGAACCCGAACCUGGAGCCGAACCUCUCGCGCCCUUUUACAGGUGUAACAAGGACGCAUGGAGGCUUCCAGGACAGUACCUUGUAGUAAUGCGGGAGGGUACGCACCAGCCUCAGGUGGAGCGCACUAUUCGGCGGCUAGGAGCCAAAGCGGCAAAGCGUGGCUACCUCACCGACACCGUGCAGACCUUCUCCGGGAUAUUGAAGGGGUUUCUUGUCAAAAUGAGCAGCGACGUACUACACUUGGCUCUGAAGCUGCCCCAUGUUGCUUAUAUUGAGGAAGACUCAACCAUCUUUGCCCAGAGCAUCCCCUGGAACCUGGACAGAAUUGUGCAGACCCAACAUGCAGCUGACAAAUACACUCCACCAAACGACGGGAGUCAAGUGGAGGUGUAUCUGCUGGACACAGGGGUGCAGAACAGCCACCGUGAGAUUGAGGGACGUGUGCUGGUCACUGAUUUCAACAGUGUUCCUGAGGAGGAUGGCAUCCGUGUCCACAGACAGGCCAGUAAGUGUGACAGCCAUGGCACCCACAUGGCUGGCGUGGUGAGCGGGCGAGACUCAGGAGUGGCUCGGGGAGCCAGUGUGCGCAGUGUCAGGGUGAUGAAUUGCCAAGGCAAGGGCACGGUGUCCGGGGCACUGGCCGCCCUGGAGUAUGUCCAUGCCUCCCAGAUCGCCCAGCCUUACCUCCCUCUGAUUCUGCUGCUGCCUUUUGUGGGGGGAUUCAGCCCUACCCUCAAUGGUGCAUGCCGGGAGAUGGUGAAAAGUGGGGUGAUGCUCAUUGCUGCUGCUGGCAACUAUCGUGAUGACGCCUGUCUGUACUCUCCCGCUUCAGAGCCACAGGUGAUAACAGUUGGUGCCACUAACUACCGGGACCAACCUAUGAGCAUCGGGAACUCUGGAACGAAUUUUGGUCGCUGCGUGGACUUGUUUGCCCCAGGAGAUGACAUCGUCAGUGCAUCCAGUGACUGUCCAACCUGUUUCACCUCCAAAAGUGGCACAUCACAGGCUGCAGCACAUGUAGCUGGAAUUGCAGCAGUGAUUCUGAACUCCACCCCCAACAUCACGGCUUCAGAGCUCCUGCAGAAGCUGCUGCGCUACACCAUUAAGCAUGCUAUUGAUAAGAAUGCCUUCCCAGAGGAACACUGGCUUGCCACACCCAACAUGGUGGCAAGACUACCCCCUGCGAGCACCACAGGGGAGGAGCUGUUGUGCCGUUCAGUAUGGUCCCAGAAGUCUGGUGUCUCUCGUUCUGCCACUGUCACUGCCCGCUGCCACCCAGAUGAGGAGCUGUUCAGCUGCUCAAGCUUCUCUCCAAGUGGCCUGAGGAGGGGCGAGCACAUUGAGGAGCAAGAAGGCAAGAAGGAGUGCGUGGCUCACAAUGCAUUUGGAGGACAGGGGGUCUAUGCUGUUGCACGGUGCUGUACCUGGGAGAGGACACAGUGCCAGGUCCGCUCUAGUGAGGGGAUGGGAGUGGAGUGCCUCAGAGAGGAUCAUGUGCUGACAGGCUGCAGUUCCCACUCGUCAUCAGGGAGCAUAACGGAUGUUGUCCGUCCUCUCCAUGGAGAGAAGAAAGCAUGCUCUGGGAAAGAGGGUGUGGUCUCACACGCUUCCUGUUGCCAUGCGCCUAGACUGGAUUGCAGGGUGAAGGAGCACACACCACCAGGGUUCAGUGAGCAGGUUUUAGUGACCUGUGAAGAGGGCUGGACACUGACAGGGUGCAAUGCGGUGUCCCGGGGCUCCAUCAGCCAUGGGGCAUAUGCUCGGGACAACACCUGUGUGGUCACCAGCUCUGAGGGGGGAAAGGGUGUGUCCGCUAUUGCUACCUGCUGCCACAACAGCCAGUCUCAGAACAAUAGAGUCAUGAACAAUCACAAAUAGCCACGUGCAACAUGCCAUUCACUCUUUAAGGCUUCCCGGCAACAAGGUCCUAUGAUUUAUAUCUGAGUUUGAGCUUACCCGGGUGACUCAACUAUUGUUUAAAUGAACCUGUAUAACUUUUAGUCCCUGAAACAGGAAGUAAUAAUAAUAAUAAAAUAAUAAUAAUAAUAAUUGCUUA